GUCAUGUAUGGGGCCGCGUCAGGUAUGACAGAUGGCGGUUUUGGGGGAUUCUCAAACAAUGCGGACACGGCUAUGCUGUUGGCGAAUGGCACACUCAACUACGAGACGCUUUACAUGUUCGCAUACAAGGCGCAUCGGGAGCUUAGCUUGCUUGGAAAGGCUCUGACCCGCAAUGUUUACGGAAUGAGCGACAGCGAUAAGCUGUAUGCGUAUUAUCAAGGCUGCUCUGAAGGAGGCCGCGAAGGUUGGAGUCAAGUGCAGCGAUUCGGCGAUGAAUGGGAUGGAGCCAUCAUUGGUGCUCCAGCAUUCCGCUGGUCCUUCCAACAGACUCAACAUCUCUAUUCCAACAUCGUCGAGAAGACACUGGAUUACUACCCACCCCCCUGUGAGCUAGACAAGAUCGUCAACGAGACCAUCGCUGCCUGUGAUGCCAUGGACGGAAAGGUAGAUUGGGUGGUUGCACGGACCGAUCUCUGCUUGCUCGACUUUGACAUUAGUACAAUCGAGGGUAAGCCCUACUCGUGCGCUGCAUCCAGGGGCACCCCUGCACAGAAUGGCACGGUCUCCGCCAAGGGUAUUGAAGUCGCGAAAACCAUCAUCAAUGGAUUGCAUGACUCCCAAGGCCGCCGUGUCUACUUUUCCUACCAGCCUACAGCCGCCUUCGAUGAUGCCGAGACGCAGUACAACUCCACAACAGGCCAAUGGGGGCUCGAUAUCGAUCAGCUUGGAGGCGAAUACAUUGCUCUCUUGGUAGACAAGAAUGGCACUACACUGGACAGCCUGAAUGGAAUUACCUAUGACACGCUCAAGGACUGGAUGAUCUCCGGCUUGCGGGAAUACUACAGCACCUUGCAGACCACAUGGCCGGACCUCACGCCCUUUCACAAUGCUGGAGGUAAAGUCAUCCAUUACCAUGGUGAUGCUGACUUCAGUAUCCCCACCGCUGCAUCCAUCCGCUAUUGGGAAUCAGUACGCAGCAUUAUGUACCCCAAUCAGGACUAUAACUCCAGUGCCGAGGCGCUAAAUGAGUGGUAUCGUCUGUACACUGUCCCAGGAGCGGGUCAUUGUGCGACCAACGAUGCCAUGCCCAACGGCCCCUUCCCACAGACUAACAUGGCUGUGAUGAUUGACUGGGUGGAGAACGGAGUAGUGCCUACAACUCUGAAUGCGACCGUGCUCCAGGGAGAGAAUGAAGGACAGAACCAGCAACUCUGUGCUUGGCCACUGCGACCCUUGUGGACCAACAAUGGCACCACCAUGGAGUGUGUGUAUAACCAGCGUUCAAUUGACAGCUGGCAUUAUGACUUGGAUGCGGUUCCCAUGCCUGUGUACUAGGGGCUGUUUAUUCGAAGGAGGCCAGCUUGAUUUGUACGUAAGAUCGUCUGUCAAUAUAGCCGGAC